AUGAAUGUUGAUACAUAUAUCUUCUCUCUCUCUCUCUCUCUCUCUCGGCGCCCUACGAGGCUGGCAUCCCGCUCUCACACUUUCACUUAUCUAUCUAUCUAUCUAUCUAUCUAUCUAUCUAUCUAUCUAUCUGUAUAUGAACAUACAUAUCUAUCUAUCUAUCUAUCUAUCUAUCUAUCUAUCUAUCUGUAUAUGAACAUAUCAAUCUAUCUAUCUGUAUAUGAACAUAUCUAUCUAUCUAUCUAUCUAUCUAUCUAUCUAUCUAUCUAUCUAUAUAUAUAUAUGAACAUAUCUAUCUAUAAAUAUAUAUAUCUAUAUUAUGAAUUUUCCAUUAUCUAUCGAUCUGUCGGCGUAUAUGUGUCUGCCUCCUCGUCUCUGUCCGUUUCUCAUUUUAGGAAUAUGCAUUGGUAUUCAUGGUUUUUAGUUUUCUUCUCCAUCUGCUUUGUGCUUUCUGCACCGUCCGAUAUUCUGUUUAUUUUUCAUUCUUUUUCUAUUCUCUGUCAUCAUUUAACAACUACUUUUUUCUUUUUUUCUUUUCUCGUUCUUGAUACACUUCAUUCAUUAACAUAUUCCCUUUCUUUCUAUUUUUCUUUCUUUUUUCCAUUUACUUUUUUCUUCUGUUCUGCUACCUCCGCUCUUUCUUACUUUUUCUUUCUUCUUUUUCCUUUGUCUAUCUCAUUUUUUUCUUUCUUUUUUCAUAUAUUUGUUUUUUCUUCAUCUUUUUCUUUUCUUCUUCUUCCACCUCCCUUCUUUCUUUCUUUCUUCCUUUUUCUUUCUUUCUUUAUUUCAUUCUUUUUCCUCGUAUAUUCAUUUUCUUACCCUUUUCGUUUUAUCUGCCGCAUUUCUUUCUUUUUACACUUACUUGUUUUUCUUCAUCAUUUUCUUUUCUUCUUUCAUCUCUGUUCUUUCUUUCUUUUUUCUUUCUUUUUUCUUUUUUUUUCUUUUUUUUUUCUUUCUUUCUUUCUUUCUUUUUCUUUCUUUCUUCUUGUAUUCUUUCAUUAUUUUUCUUUCUCCGAGUUUUUUUUUUUUUCUUUCUUUUUUUUCAUUUUUUUCUUUCUACCACAAUUCUUUUAUUUUCUCCACCUCUGUCUCUGUUCUUUUCCUUUUCAUUUACUCGUUGUUUUUUUUCUUCAUUUUUGUCUACCAUAUAUCUUUUUUCUUUUUUUCUUUUCUUCUUCCACCUCCUUCUUUCUUUCUUUCUUUCUUUCUUUUUUCUUUUUCUUUCCCCCCCUUAUUUUCUUUCUUUUUUCCUCGUAUAUUCAUUUUCUUUUUAUCUACCCUUUUUCGUUUUAUCUUGCUUCAUUUUUUCUUUCUUUUUUCCACCUCCUUCUUUUCUUUCUUUCUUCCUUUUUCUUCAUCAUUUUUACUUCUCUUUUAUCUGCUUUUCAUCUUUUUACUUUUUUCUUUCAUUUUCUUUUUUUUCUUUUUUUCUUUUUUUUUUUUCUUUUUUUUUUUUUCUUUCUUUCUUUCUUUCUUUCUUUCUUUCUUUCUUUCUUUCUUUCUGUAUUUUCAUUGUUUCACAUUUAUUAUUUUCCCUUGUCUUUCAUGAAUUAUAUUUGUUCACUCUCUCUCAAUAUAACACUAAAAAUGCAAAUGGUUUCAAAUUAUGUAUAA